AUGCACACCCCGCCACGGAACGAUCAGUCACCCAAUCCGCUGCCAUUCACGGAAGCUGUCAUGCAAGCUUCAAUGUCGAACAGACCUCCUCCACCGAUAGAGAGGUUCGACGAUACUUUAGACCCGGAACAUCACCUCAGAAAUUUCAUUGACUCUAUGGCUUACUACUCCAAGAGUGACCCGGUCAAAUGCAUAGCUUUCUCCCAAUCCUUGAAAGGAGAAGCCCUGGAGUGGUACUACACCCUUCCUCCUAACACAAUAGACAGCUUCCGCACGGUCAUGACCUUAUUCAGGAAACAUUACGCUACCAACAGGAAAGACGGAGUGACCGUUGCAGAACUUGUAAACCUUAAACAAGAGAAAGAUGACUCCCUCCGAUCAUUCAUGCAAAGAUAUAACGAAGCUGUCAGGCGAGUAAAAGGCGUCAACGAGCAGUUCAUCAUCGGCAAUCUGCCCAAUUCCCUGAAACCGGGAUACGUCUCAGAACAUUUAUAUGCCAGAUUGCCCAGUUCGAUGGAGGAGCUCCAGGAGAGAGUGACUCAGUUCAUUCGAAUGGAAGAUCAGAGAUAUUCCAGAAGGAAGGCCCAAACAGAAGCCCCCGCUAAUGGGAACAAAAAAGAAACUAGACAGGUUCGUGAACGAGACCGAAGGCCUCCUAUACGAGAUUUACCCCUACCCCUAAGCCCUCAGUAUGAUCACUACGCACGCCUAAAUGCGCCAUUGGCAAAGGUAUUUAAUGAGGCUCUGAGUACUGAACUCCUCAACGUACGAAAGCGGCCCACGCCACAAACCGCGGACGCAACCAAGAUCUGCCUAUUCCAUGACAACCAGCGACAUACCACUAAGUAUUGCACCACCCUCAAGGAUGAACUCGAGAGGCUCAUUCGAGCAGGAUAUCUCCGUCAAUUCGUGAAAGAAGAACCAAAAUCACAUAAACAAUUUCCCAGAAAAGAAAGAAGUCGCAAACGUAUUCAUGACACUAAUGUCCGCCCAAGAGACCAUUCCCGAAGUCGCCCGAGGGAGAGAGAUCGCUCCCAAAGUCAUCCCAGGGAACACGUGAGAGAAAGACCGAUCAGGGGCCGAAUCGACACCAUCUCCGGAGGCUUCGCCGGAGGUUGA